UUUUGCAGAUCUUACACGUUUUGCGCAGAUAGAGCUUUGAGUUCGUACUCCAAUAUUACGUUCCUUCUGAUCCCAUUAUAAGUACCCAUUACCCAACUCACCAACUUCAUUCCAUUCUCCCCUGUUUUUUUUUCUCUUUCCCUCAAUUUUAAAUUAAUAAACCUUCUGGAAUUCAUUUUCUCUCCCGCAUUAACCCUCUUCGCUGAUCUGGAAAACGUCACGUCCUUUCUUCAGAACCGAGAUUCUUAACGUGCGUCGUGGAGAGGGUAAUCAAGGAUACCGUCAGUCCUCACACUUCUUUACUCAAUUUUUCAUAAUCUCCUUCCUCUCCUCUCUUUCAUACCCUAAAACCACUGCUCUUCUCCUUAAAAAACUACACCACUUGGAAUUGUUUACUUGGGAGAUUAGAUAGCUACAAACAAAAUGGGGAACUGCCAGGCGGCGGAGGCGGCGACGGUGGUCAUUCAACACCCUGGGAUUAAUCCCAAAAUCGAGAGGAUUUAUUGGUCCGUAAGUGCACACCAGAUCAUGAACACCAACCCUGGCCAUUACGUUGCGCUGGUUGUUACCUCGUCCACUUUGAAGACCCAAAAUGGUACCCCGAUUAAGCAGCUCAAACUCCUCCGCCCUGAUGACACGCUUCUUAUCGGCCAUGUCUAUCGUCUCAUCACCUUCGAGGAUGUAUUGAAGGAGUUUGCUGCAAAGAAAUGCGUGAAACUGGGGAAAUUGCUUAAAGAGGGAGGAGCACUCUCGAAAAAGGACACAGAUUCUGCUUCAAAUCCAAAUUCAAAUUCUAAAUCCCAAAAUUACAUGAAGGCGGAGCAGGAGGGGGGCCGUCGCCUGGAAAACAGAGACGCCGGCAGCAGCAGUGGAGGAAGAGGCGGAGGAGGACACAGAGGCAUGGGUAGGCAUUACGGUGGUGGGGGUCAAUGGCGGCCAGCCUUACAGAGCAUUGCAGAAGUUGGAAUUAAUUGAAGAAUUAAAAAAAAAGAAAAAGAAAAAGAAUAAUUAGCGGGUGAAGUUGGCGUCCAAAUCCAAUCUCUAUCUUUAUACAUUAAUAUUUUAAUUUCGUCCAAAGUUUGUACCCUUUUUUCAUUUGGAAAUUAGUGUACGGAGCUUAAUUAUUCGUAAUCACCA